CCCGGCUGUCCCCUGUGCUGGCCGCCUGUCCCUCGCUCGUCGUCUCUCCCGGACGCUGCUGCCUCUGCUCCGCCCGAUGACCGGCCUCCGACCGAUUGGAGUCAACAUCUACAACACGCUCACGCGAAGGGUGCAACCGCUGGCGGCCUCGCUCGACGGGGGCCACCGCUUUGGCUGGUACUCCUGCGGGCCGACGGUCUACGACGACGCGCAUCUGGGACACGCCCGGUCGUACAUUUCGCAGGAUGUCCUGCGCCGGGUGCUGACGACAUACGCGCCCCCGGGGACCACCGUGGACCUGGUGCAAAAUGUCACCGAUGUCGAUGACAAGAUCAUCCGCCGGGCCCGGGAAACCGGCGCGGUGGCGGCCGACCUGGCCGCCCAUUUUGAGGCACGCUUCUUCGGAGAUAUGGCCCUUCUCGGGGUGACGCCCCCGAGCCGGACCCUGCGCGUGACCGACCACAUGGAGGCCAUCGUGGCGUAUGCCCGGCGCAUUGAGGCCAAUGGGUUUGCCUAUCGCGGCGGCCGGACCGGGAGCCUGUACUUUGACAGCACCGCGUACAAUGCCGGGCGCCCGGCCGGCGAGGCGCCCCUGCAGCUGGCCUCCGAGGAGGAGCCGGAUGACGUCCAAACGGCCGCCCUGCGGGAGAAGCGCUCGUCCUUGGACUUUUGCCUGUGGAAGACGGCCCCGGGCAUGGCGAGUGCCGGCGAUCCGACGGCUUCCGCAGCUCGGCCCCUGCCCGGAACUGAGCAAGAUCCCCUGUGGGCAUCGCCCUGGGGCCCGGGCCGGCCCGGGUGGCACAUCGAGUGCUCCGCCUUGACGGCCAUCGGGUUUUCCGCCGGCUCCGACGGCCAGGGUCUCCGGUUGGAUCUACACACCGGCGGCCGGGACCUGGAAUUCCCGCAUCAUGCCAAUGAGCGCCUGCAAUGCUCGGUGCACGGCUUUCACGAGUGCUCUUCGGUCCCGGCGCCGUUGGACGAAUGGUGCCGUCACUUCACGCACUACGGCCCCCUGGCGGUGUCCGGGCAGAAGAUGAGCAAGUCCUUGAAGAACUUCAUCACCAUCCAGGAGUUCCUGGGCACCGAGGACCCAGCUCGCCGGGCGCGCAUCUUUCGCCUCAUGUGCCUGAUGGUGCACUACCGGUCGGACUUCGAAGUCGACCCACAGAGCCUGGCUCCGGAGGCCGCCUCGGGCGACCGGCAGUCCUCGCCCGGGCCCUUUGACAUCGCCGCCGCAACGGACCGUCGUAUUCAAUCUUUCAUUCACCAGACGGAUGCCCUGCUUGAGCGGUAUGGACAAGCCCUUCGGCAGGAGGUGGCCCGGGUCAUGCGGCCAUCGGCCGGGGCUCUGUAUGCUUCGAGCCUCACGGCGAUCGGGGCCGCCCCGGUGGCCGGGGCCGCUCGACAGCUGUAUGCCACGGCCUGCCACACCCGGGCGGCCAUCGCCGACUGCCUGACCAACCAGGACCUGGACACGGUCCGCGCGGUGCGCCUGGUGGGGGUCCUCAUCGGCGAGGCCAACGCCCUGCUGUCCGACUGCAUGGCCACCCUCGGGGCCGGCACCGAUCCGGUGAUGGUGGCCGGGCUGAGUGCCGGGCUGCUGCCGCGCGAUGCGCUGGAUGCCUUGCGCCAGGCGCGUGCUGUGGUCGGCGAGUUCUGCCACGCCACCGGGCUGGACUAUGAUCCGCGCGCGGCUGGCCCCGGGGCGUCCAUGGCCCUGGCCGGGGAGGGGCAUGCGCUGGCCUCGGCCGGGCCGAUCCUCGACAGUGCGGUGCAGCUGCGCGCCGCCACCCGACAGGGGGGCCUGCGGCUCAUGAAGUUGACUCGGCCUGCCUGCGAGUCGGCCGCCGAGGGGGAGGCCUUGCGAGCGGCGGUGCGAUCGACCGCCGGCGAGUUGCUGGCGGCCACCGACCGCACGCGUGAUGAUCUGCGUGACCGAGCCGGGGUAGCCGUCCGCGAUUUCCCCAAUGGGGCGUCCUCCUGGCAGCGCGCCGCCGAAGAGUGAGGGCCCACUCCACCGCGCCGCCGAAGAGUGAGAGCC